AUGUUCAAUUCCAGUCAAAUGGCCUAUGUCUAUCUCGUCACGGAGUUGUGCUGCUUGACUGCUGCCUCAUUAAGCUUCAUAUUCAAUGCAUACAUUAUUUAUUGCUUUUGGAGAAAAAAAAUCCCAUCCCCCGAAAACCUCCGCCUAGCCCUGUACCUAGCCAUCGGAGACCUCGGCUACGCAGUUGCCGCCCUAGUCCAUGUCGGCUACCUGGCAAUCUACUGGUCAAAUGUCUCAUUGGACUACAAUCCAUAUUAUAUAAUAUUUACAAACUCAUUUUUACCCGCCAAAUAUAAGAAAUUUCUAUUAUACGUUAGUUAUUCUAAUACGAUCGCUGGUUUUCUAAUUGUUAUCAUGAGUAUGUUCGUUUUCGCGGGAAUUCGAAAAAUCUCCGCAAGGAAAAUUGGCGCUACGACAUCAAGUUCAAAAUCCUCCAGUGUGUUCCGGCAGGCUAACCGGAUUACUGUAGGCAUUCUAUUUUGCUCUUUGUUUUUUGUGACAAUCCCGUCGUUAUUGGUGACGGGUUACGAGGAAGUGACCGGAGUGUCGUUGUUCGCCGAGCUCGGCCCGUUUUAUAUUUGUGCGAUUUUGGUGAAUGGAUUUGCCGACGGCCUAGUCUUCGUGAUCAUCAACCGAAAACAAAUCGGAUCCACGAAUCGAACGCUCUCCUCAACGGUGAGCACUAUGCCAACCCGCCUUCGAACGUCUGUCAAUGGUCCCCCGUCUCGCGUUACCCAGUUCUAACCUUUUGUUAUUUGUUUUGUUGUUGACCCAAUAACUAUGAUUGCAUUAGUCAAACGUUCAGUUUUGUUCUAACCAAUUGCCCCCCGUUCUAACCAAAACCCGUGAAGUGUCGGUUGCUCAG